AUGGCUGAAGCUCCCGUGCUGUUACAGCUUCCAGAGAUGCCAAAGGGAUUUACUCAAAGUCCUACAAUCGGCAUGCUAGAGGAACCUUGGUGUUGGCUAGCAGUUGCUGUGGUUGAAAGAGAUGGUAUCUCGUCCCCUCGGACCAAAGUGGCGUGGCUCUGCACAAGUUUCAGAAAAAGAUUUGAUCCCGUGUCCUUUGAAGUUACACUUCGUGACCCUGCGACGGAAAAUGUAGUAAACAUCGACCAAGUACUCGCGCUUGGACCCAUACAACCCGUUAUCGAUUUCCCUGCUACAAAGUUUGGAGGUAGGGACUAUAGAUUUCAGAAGAAAUGGUACAGUACAUAUGACUGGUUGGAGUAUUCUGUGGAAAACGAUGCAAUGUACUGCUUCUACUGCAGGAUUUUUGGGACUCUUGUUGGCUGUGCCGAAACCCCUUUCAUCAAGGAGGGUUCUCGAAACUGGAAGAACGCCUUGGGAAAGGAAGCUUUUCGUGGACACGACGAGAAGUCAACGUCUUUAAACCAGGGGAAGUUUCUUGAAGAGAUAAAGUUUCUCGCAAAAUAUCAUGCACCACUUCAAAAGUGGCUCGAUAGCCAUCCUGAAAACGUCUCUUGGCUCAGCAAUGACAUUCAGAACGAGAUGAUAAGUAUCAUUUCUGAUAAUGUGGUCGAGACCAUUAGGGAACAGGUAAAGAAGAGCAGAUUCUAUUCUGUGGAAUGUGACGAAGUCACAAGUCACAAGGAUUCCUACAUGUCGAUUGUGCUCAGAUAUGUUCACGAGCACACUAUCUACGAACGUGUUGUUGGACUUAAACACGUCCAAAGUUUGAAAGGAAAGUCGCUGUCAGACGUCCUAGUUGAAGAGCUUGGCAAGCAUCAAAUUCUGUUGAAGGACAUGAUUGGAAAAGGCUUUGAUGGUGCUAGCAACAUGUCUGGAAAAGACAAUGGAAUGCAGCAGAAGCUUACAGAGGCUGGUGCAACCAUGUCACUCUACUUCCAUUGCUUCGCACAUCGUCUCAAUUUGGUUCUAGGAAAGUGUGCUGAGACACUUCCAAUGGUCAAAGAUGUCUUUGAAACAAUUGGGUCGAUUUUCACGGUGAUGGAAGGUUCUCCACAACGCAUGGCUGUUUAUGAGGAAAACCUCAAAAAGUUUUCAGUCAAAGAAGGUAGAACUGCUCUUCGUGCGUUUUCGGACACCCGUUGGACCGCAAGGGCAGACAAUCUUGCCGCCACAGUCAACACCCUACCAGCCCUGAUUGCCACACUCGAAGAGCUGAAAUCCAGCGACGCAGCUUGUGAAGGUCUGUUGAUCAGAAUUGGUACCUUUGAGUUCCUACUGAAGGUGCUGAUUCUGAAAGAAUGUUUUGAUCGUUCAAGAUAUGCAUCGGAGUAUCUGCAGAGAGAAGAGAUGGAUAUGGUCACUGCAGUAGACUCAGUCACAACCCUUAUCCGACAAAUUUCUUCGCUCCGCACUGAACAGAAGCUUUCUGAUUUUGUGCAGAUGGCAAAGGAAAGAGCAGCCGAAUUUGGAAUCGUUGAUGAUUUCAGUCCACCAGAUAAAAGACGCCGCACAUUACCAAGUCGUUUAGUUGAUGGUCAAACCGUGCUUGAUGCCUCCUUCAGUUAUAGAAUUGGUGCUGAAACUGAGAAUAUUCAAGCAGAAUCACAAGAAGAUACUUUCCGCCGAAGUUUCUACUACACUCUUUUGGAUCUUUUAUUAAACGAGUUGCAGAAAAGAUUUUCUUCUGAGGCCUGCGAAGUGAUGGUUCAACUUUCUGCACUUUGUCCUUCCAAAUGGAAUGAAGCUAACGUUACCAAAAUAAAGAAAUUUGCCAGUAGAUAUGAUAUCCCCCAAGAAGCAGUUGGUCUUGAGUACUCCAUGUUCCGGGAUUCAGGAUUUUUCGAAAGCUUGCUGCAAGAGAUAGAGGAGAGAAAGGCAAAGAUGUUCAAAAAUCCAUACCUGCCCCUUAUCCUUAAAAAGUUUUCAGAAGGAGAUCUUGCUACCCUCUAUCCAAACCUCUUUCGCGUCAUCCAGAUUGCUGCAACCAUACCCGUGACCAUUGCCAGCUGCGAACGAUGCCACAGCAAGGUAAAGAUAAUAAACAAUUACCUGCGUGCUAAAAUGGAUGAAGACCGUCUUGAGAGUUUACUGCUCAUCAGCAGCGAAAGAGACCUUUCUCAGGAUAUUAAGUUGGUUGAACUUGUCAAUCAGUUUGCCAUAAAACCUAGAAAACUUCGCUUGUAA